AUGGACAUUGAUUCAAACAAUCCUUCAUUGAAUGGGAGUAAGGAAGUUAAAGAAGCGGGGAACAAUCCGUCAUUAAAUGAGAUUGGUGAAGUUGAAGAACCUAAGAAGGGCAUGUGUUUUAGCUCAAAGCAAGAAGUAUAUUCGUUUUAUGCAAAAUAUGUGAAGCACCUCGGAUUUGCUGUAGCUUAUAGAACACAGAAUAUUGGACAAGAUGGGGAAGUAAAAUACUGUGGAAUUGAAUGUACUCGGGCACGCAAGAGAACAAAACGAUCAGAAGUACACCAUCUCGAACCAUCUUUGUCAUCAUUCAUUGAAUGUAAAGCAAAGAGAAGACUAGAAAUAAACGAUGAAGCAGGGAUAUGGGUGGCUAGGAAUUUUUAUUCUAUAGUUGUUGAAGCAGGGGGGUAUGAGGCAUUAACAUUUGAUGAACGAGAUGCAAGGCAUCAUAUUCAGAGUAUGAGAAAAUUGAGGCUUGAGGUAGGAGAUGCUGAAUCAGUUGCACUUUAUUUUUAUAGGAUGCAACAACAAAAUUCGAACUUUCAUUCUGCAAUUGACCUCGAUGAAGAUGGUCGCAUGCGAAACUUGUUUUGGGCGGAUGUAAGGAGUAGGGCAACUUAUAAAGCAUUUGGGGAUGUGACCAGUGCAGAGCUAUGCAAAAUGCCAUUGAAGUUGUCUUUCCACAAUCUCAACAUCGUUGGUGCUAUGCAAAAUGCCAUUGAAGUUGUCUUUCCACAAUCUCAACAUCGUUGGUGCUUAUGGCAUAUAAUGAAGAAAAUUCCGGAGAAAUUAAGAGGAUAUGCCCAAUAUGAAUUCAUCAAGUUUGCUUUGCAAAAUGCAAUUUAUGAUUGUUUUACAAAAGAUGAAUUUGAUAAAGAAUGGCAAGCGAUGAUUGCAAAGUUCAAGCUAGAUGAUAAUGAGUGGUUGGGGUAUGAUAAUGCCUUGAGAAGUAAGGUUGAGAAAGAGAUGAAAGCAGACUUUAAAUCUCGAAACAAAUUGUAUGAAUGCUUAACGGUAUAUGUGUUUAAGAAGCAAUUUCAUGCAGCCUACACGAAUACAAAAUUUAAAGAAGUACAAGUAGAAGUGAAGCUACUAUUAUAUUGUCGUGCGAAUCUUGUCAAAGAUGAGGGAGAAAUUUGUACUUAUCAUGUGAAUGAGGUUGUUCUUGUUGGUGAGAAAACGAAGACUGUGGAAUUUGUUGUGUAUUUUAAUGCAAGUGAAUGUGAAUUGCAUUGUAUGUGUCCGUCGUUUGAGUUUAAGGGCAUUAUGUAUGCCCAUGCAAUUACUGUGCUACUUGAGAGGUGUAUAUAUCAGGUGCCAGAUAAAUACAUUGUACAAAGAUGGAGAAAAGAUAUCGAAAGAGGGUACACAUACAUUUCAACCAUAUACACUAAAGCCUGGGCUGUUCUUAAUGCAAAGUUGCAUGAUAAAUAUCACAAGAUGUUGGAUGAAAUCAUAGAAAUUACUGCUAACAAUGAUGGUAAACACGAAGUGCUUGAUCUUGGGUUGAUAGAAAUCAAGGAUAGAGUGAGAAAAAAUUAA